UCGACGUUUGCACCCAGUGUGGACCCCGGGUCAUGACGUCAAUCCCGAGAUUUGGUGUGUCAGCGAAAUUUCGGGCAAAAAGUGAGUUCUUACAAGUAACUUAAUUCUUACAAACAGUGGAGGGAGAAGAAGCGACGUCAGUAAAGAAUGGUGGCCGCGUUCAAUCAGCUGGUGCGCGCGAUGACGCUUCCAGUGUGCACACAACACGCUGGAGUAGAAGACAUCACCAAACACCUAUUCCCGUCUCUCCUGCCGUUAGCUCGCACGAUUCUUCAGACACACUGUCUUAUGCCAUGUCGGAAACCGCAGAAAGUUUGGUUUCUUCUGUGAUACGUGAUCGCAGUCAAUUCACGGCACUUGUCUGCGCCCAAAGUGAUGUCAUCUCAUCCCCAGAAACACCCAGACCUGGAGUUUGUCCACGCCCGGAACAGACAGCGGAGAUUGGCGGUGUAUUGCAACGUUAUAUUGAUGCUUUAGAGUUAGCCGAGCUAGAAAGCCGUAGCGAUGCUCGUGGCCCAUUUCAACACCGACCAAUUAAUUCGCGCAAGGAGGUCCGUGCACGUGUCCGUGAAAAAAGUAUGUACGAUCCGAAUCGGCGCAUGCGCCUCAUUAGCGGGGAUCCCUUGGCCCUGUCUUAUAAUAGAUCCCGAGGAAUCCCAUUGACGUCCGAGGAGGAUAGUCGUCUUGGCUUUGGCCAUUUACCGGACCAGAUGCAUCGUAAGGCGGUCAAGAAAGGCUUCAAUUUCACACUGAUGGUUGUCGGGGAGAGCGGUUUGGGAAAAUCUACUUUGAUCAACAGCAUGUUCAUGCAGGAUCUGUACAAGGAUCGCGAGGUAGCCGGUGCAUCUGAACGCAUUAGGAGUACUACUCAGAUCGAAAAACGCCAGAUUGAACUAGACGAGCGAGGGGUGAAGCUCCGGUUGACCGUUGUCGACACUCCCGGGUUCAACGAUGCUGUCGACUGUACCGAUUGCUGGAAACCAAUCGAAACUUAUAUUGAUGACACCUUCGAACAGUACUUCAAGGACGAAUGUGGCCUCAACCGGAAAAACAUUCACGACCAUCGUGUGCAUUGCUGCCUGUAUUUUAUCUCUCCCUAUGGACACGGUCUGCGCCAGGUAGAUGUCGAGUUCAUGCGCCGCUUGCAGCACAAAGUCAACAUUGUGCCCAUCAUCGCCAAGGCGGACACCCUAACAGCAACAGAACUGCGUGCUUUCAAGGAACGAAUUAUGUCUGAUUUCGAUCGAUACAAAAUCAAUAUCUACCGACUGCCGGAAUGUGAUAGCGACGAAGAAGAGGAGAUCAAGCGAUUGGACAAAGAGAUUAAGAGUGUAUUGCCUUUCGCCGUGAUAGGCAGCAACUGUGUUAUCGAACUUGAAGGCGGAAAGCGCGCUCGUGGUCGACAGUACCCAUGGGGUGUUGCGGAAGUGGAGAACCCACGCCAUUGCGAUUUCACCAAACUGCGCAUAUUUUUAUUGAAAACCCACAUGCAGGAUUUGAAAGACAUGACCCUGGAUGUUCACUACGAGAAUUACCGUGCCAAGUAUAUUACAGAACGAAUGUCUAAACGGCACACGGAUCGCCGUGAAGUUGGUCCUACGCGGACGGAUCGUGAGGGUGGUUUCGAGGCUCUAGUUGAUCAGGACAGCCUAUUAAAGCAGAAGGAGGAGGAGCUCCAAAGAAUGCAGCAGAUGGUUAGCCGGAUGCAAGAACAGAUUAAACGCAGUGCCGCCAUCAGUGGUGGUAACUCAUCUUCUUCCGUGCAAAACGCUGGCUCCACUGUUGCGCCCAUAGCACCCACCAGCACUAACAAUCUUUGAAUGUGGAACAUUCAUUUCGUUGUGGCGAGCUAACAGUUUGUUCGUUCCCCCAAAACACGCUGUUGCGCAAUCAUAGGUCUAUGUGCACUCACUACCCAAUGCUUGCAUUUGCAGCUAAUUUCCUUUCCUUUUAUAACUAGUAACUGUUUUCCGCUUGGUUAGUGCAUUCGGGCCACACUUAGCUCUCUGGAAACCUAUAUCUUGUCACAAGCUUGUAGGCCUGCGACUUCUCUUUUAACCGUCUGUCCCGGUUGUCCGUUUCUACACACACACACACACCAGCUGUUUUACUGCGAGACACUCUGAUUGAAUGUUAUUUGAAAAGGUCCGACCUAUUUCUCGGUUUUUGUUGCGCUUUUUGUUUUUUUUUUUGCACUUUUUUUCUAACGGCGAUUUCUUACAUUGUUCGCAUUCUGACUGUCAACAUAUUCUAAGCGUCAUCUAACUGUGUUCAGCUUUUCGCAAUUCACGACAUGGACAAUGGGAUUCUUCUGAAAUUCUGAGCCGUGAAUCGCCCUUUUAGCGCACUACAUUCACCCUAUACAUGUG